AUGAAUUCCUUCCCGCAACUAUUGAUCGUGUUGCUUAGCACCAUUUUUGUUGAGGUAUCAUGUUGCACUUUUCCUACGAUUCUGGAAAAAAAGUCCAUGGAAGAAUGUUGGAAUGAACAAAAAUCGUUGAACGUAUCUGAUCCAGCCAAACAUUGCAAAGCCUUGGAAUGCUUCUUCAAGAAAAAUAAUGCACUCAAAUCGGAUUUAUCACUCGACAAAGAUGCCACUGAAACUUAUCUGAACAACCAAUUAAAGGACAACGUGGAAUGGCUAAAAUUAGUUAAACAAAUUGCCGUAGACCAAUGUCUGGUGAAUAUUGAAAAAGAUUAUACUAAAAUGAUGGACUUUUUCAAAACGAACAACAUGGAACUGCCCGAACCAGGAACGUGCUCCAUGAAACCUAUGUUGAUGAGCAUCUGCGUUAUGGCGAAAGGUUUUGCGCAUUGUCCAGAGAAUCAUUGGAACAAAGGUUCAACUUGUGAUGAGUGGAAAAAAUAUCUAGAAAACUGCACUAACAACAUUGAAAAUACAUUGGAAUUCUACAAACAGCUCGACAAAGCUCAGUAA